GUUGUACCGAAAAAUUCAAUUCCUUUCUUCCCCUCCCACUCUGAGCCCCACUGAGCUGAGCGAUAUUUUCGAGCCUUCUCCUCCCGAGCCUUCUCCAACAAUUCCGAGCUGAUUCGCAUUUUCGAGCCUCCUCAUUUUCCAUCAACAGACUGCAUCUCCGAAAUCUCCUUACAUCAAUUGACUUCUGCGGCGUCGCUCUUCGUUUACUUCUUCUUACCUACAAACGGGACUUCUUCUCUACGCUACCGAUACCCGUCAGACUUCCGACCAAUAGCCUCGCAUUCAUUUUUACAAGCAGUCUGCUUUAUCCUGCCGCACCUUCAAGCUAAUGAAAUCUGCCAUGAACCCUGCAUGUUUGAUUUGGGCAGUCUCAUGACCCUCGUUUAAAUGGUGAAUUCCUGGAAAGUUAUUCCGUUGAUCAUCCAAGUUCCCGUUUUCCGCACACUUGUCUCCAUCUUUCAUGUCCAGAUUAAUUGUUGUAGUUGGGGCUACCGGCCAGUGAGAUCCAAGCCCCAUACUGUACAUCGCAGUUCAAUCCUUGGAUGCUGAAUUUUUCCUAGACAGGGCAAUUCCGUGGUCGACUUUCUCUUGAAGGAACCACACAAUUUCACCGUUCGUGGUCUGACCCGUAACCCUGGAUCUCCCGCUGCAAAGGAUUUGGCUGCCAAGGGCGUGGAAGUCGUCAAGGCCGAACUUGAUAACCUCGACGAAGUAACCUCUGCCUUUACCGGUGCGUGGGGAGUAUUCGGCUUGACCCAGUUCUACGAGCACGGCUAUAAGAAGGAACAGCUUCACGGAAGGAAUAUCGUCGAUGCCGCCAAGACUGCUGGAGUGAUGUACAUCGUUUUCAGCACCGUUGAAGGACGAGAGGGAGAAUGUAAGGCCAUUAGUUGGACGUCCAAGGCCGAGAUAGAGGAUAGAGUAAUCGAAUCCGGGAUUCCCUACACCUUCGUAUACAUUCCCAUGUAUUACGAAAACUUUUGGACGAGUUUCUUCGCACCAAGUUACGAUGAAGAAAAGGGCUUCACAUGGACAAUCGCGUUCAUGCCUGAUAUUCCUAUUUUCGCCUUCUCCGUCUCAGACCUAGGCGCGUGGGUAGUUCCGGCUUUCAGAGAGCCAAAAGAAUGGACAGGCGAGUCGCAUUGUUUACUUUAUUCAGCGAGACCUUCAUCUAUCAUCCUCCAAGGCAAAGCGAUCAAACUCGUCACCGAAUUCCUUUCUAUUCGCGACAUUGCCACACAGUUUAGCGAAGUUACUGGGGAGAAGGCCGGAAUCGCGCUUGAAAUGGCCUAUGAGCAGUUCGAGGCCUCACGAUAUGCCAACCAUCCCGCUGCAGAAUCCAUGUACUUCUCUUGGGAAUAUGUUAUCCGCGCUGGUCCAAAUAGUGGAGUCAGAAGUCAGGAGCAAACACUCUCCAUUUACCGAGAUGCUAAGAAGUACCGGGAGUGGGUGAAGGACAGUCCCCUCGUGAAAAACGUUGUCGCGAAACUGAAGGGGGAAGCUGCUGCCAAGAAGUCUGCAUAGCUUAGUGAAUGUACGAAUCUCUUGAAGAGAAGUGAUACUGUAACUUACUGUUGUACUUCGUAAGUUACUACCUG